GGCCACGCCCCUCUGGGGCCUGUCCUGCUCCUCCGGCUUCCAGGUCAUGGCGCCAGCAGUGGCUACUUGGGCUCCCGGCUUGUGGCGGGCCUGCAACGCACUCAUGGCAGCUUUCUUCGCCCUGGCCGCUGUGGUGCAGGUGGUGUACAUGAUCCCAGCAGUGCUUACCCUGCUUGUUGGGUUUAAUCCUCUUGUCACAGGCAACUUCAUCUGGAAGAGUGUGUCUGCGAUACACAUGCUGUUCUGUGCGCUGUGGGCUGGCGGCUUGGCGUACCACUUCUUGCUUCACGCAAAGCAGAACCUCCUAAAUGAGGAAGAAGGCAGGGAGCUGUCUGGCCUGGUGAUUGUCACAGCAUGGAUGGCCCUGUGCCACAGCUCAUCCAAGAAUCCAGGUGGUGGAAGAAUGCACUUGGCUAUUGCUGUUGUAAUCACCCUACUCCCACUCCUGUCGUGGGUCUACGUACACAUGAACAAGGAGAUGCGGUCCUCCUGGCCAACUCACUGCAAGACAGUCAUUUAAAUGAACCCAAUAAUGUUUACAACAUGUUAUACACAUUGGGGUAAUGGGACGAUUUCCCAGAGAUGAUUUAAAGUCUUGGGAAUGUAACAAGGCUACUCACAAUGUGAUGGAAGAUUGACUAGGUCAGAUAAGAAUUGGGAGCUGAGUCUCCAGAGGUCUCUUCUGCAACAGCACUGGACCAGGCAAUGAGCAGAAACUUGAGUUUGAAUCCAGCUUUAGCACUAUGUGAUGGGGCAAACCCACGAAUCUCCUGGUACAUAUUUCCUCACAUAUAAAGUAGGAUGUCAGAUCUCAUUAGUUACCACAACCAAACUAUUGUUGAAGGCACUCUGAGAAGAUGAAGCUCACUUGAGUUCCAAAGGGAGUAAGAGUGAGAGGGGGCUGAGGCUAUAACCAGCCUCAUGCUGACAUGGAGGGAGGUUCAAAAACUAAUCUUAAUGUACUUAACUGGCUCAGCUGUACUGAACCCAGAAAAAUUCCAGGGCAGGUGAACCAAAUGAAAGUAGAAAUUAAAGAAAAUAUAGAAAAGAUAAAUUUGGAGUUAGCAAGAAUAGGGAAUAUUAAUCAUAAGUUAUUCUCCGUGAAAACUAAGAUGGAAAUCUAUACAUCUUUUUAAUGAAUGUUGAAGUGACCACAGGGGAGGAGAGCUCUGUAGGGUGACACAGUCCAACAGGGCAUACACAGGUUGUUAUCGAGCACUUGACCUGUGGGCAGAGCACUUGACCUGUGGGCAGGGUGACCAAAGAAGUCAAUUUUUAACUUUUCUACUUUUAGAAGCAGGGAGUCAACUGCCAGGAAAAGUUAAGUGUGCAUGGGAUCGUGUGUGUGUGUGUGUGUGUGUGUGUGUGUGUGUGUGUGUGUGUGUGUGUGUGUGUGUGUGUGUGUGUGUGUGUAUGGAUCUUCUUCAACUGCAAAUUUUGGUAUGGACUGUUGGUGUUGGUCUGGCGCUAUGUAUUCAAAUGCUAAAUACUGGCCCCUGAGAUCUGAUUGCCUCAUUUCAUGUACAGCAAAUAUUAUGUAAACUUUGCUUGCCAAUCUUUUGUGACUGGUUAAAUAAAAGUGGUUAACAGCCAAUUACUGGGGAGAAUUACUAGGAAGGCAGGGCUUGUCAUAGGGCUGGGGGAGAGGGAAAGAGAGAGAGAGAGAAGGAGGAGGAGGAAGAAAGAGGAGGAGGAGGAGGAAGAAAGAGGAGGAGGAGGAAGAAAGAGGAGGAGGAGGAAGAAAGAGGAGGAGGAGGAAGAAAGAAGAGGAGGAGGAGGAGGGAGCAGUUCACUUUGAUGGGAUGGACCAGGAGCAUAGGCCGUUGAUUGGCAAGUAACCUGGGGAGUGCAGCUGAGAAAUAGCCAGUCUAGCACUGAAAAAAUAGUUUAGGGGUAAUCGUCCAGUCAUUGUGCUGGAAGCUGAUUAAAUAAAUAGUUUGGACUCUGUCUCGAUUAUUAGGGGGCUGACAGGGUCACAGUAAUUACUAGUUAUUUAAUACUACUAGUUAUUAAAUACCUUACAGCAACAGGCAACAGGUGAAGCAUUUGCAAGAGUUUAGCGUUGGGGUGGAUGUGCUCCAGUGUAAAACACAGUAGACGUUAGAGACACAAACACAGAACAAUGUAUUUUAUACUAAGUGCAUGCUGAAAAAAUAUUUUGAGAUAAGUCGGGCUAGAUAAAAUAUAUUGAAUUUAUCUUUUUUUUAAUUUUCUUUUUUUUUAAAAGAUUUAUUUAUUUAUUAUAUGUAAGUACACUGUAGUUGUCUUCAGACACUCCAGAAGAGGGAAUCAGAUCUUGUUACGGAUGGUUGUGAGCCACCAUGUGGUUGCUGGGAUUUGAACUCAGGACCUUUGGAAGAGCAGUCGGUGCUCUUAACCACUGAGCCAUCUCGCCAGCCCCUGAAUUUAUCUUUGAAGGUGUGAUUGCUUGAGUAUUAUUUAAGUAGCUCACAUUAAGUGUCAGAUAUCUGCAGGGGGAGCUUAUCUAGGCUGGAAUCAAACUCUAACCAGAUGAGUGGUGGUUGACGUGGAAUGCCCCCUCAGGCCCAUGUCUGAAUACGUGGUCCCCGCUUGGCAGUGAUGCUUGGGUGGGUUAGAAUGUGUGGCUUUGCUGGAGGAAGUAGUUGCUGGGGAUGAGAUUUGAGGUUUCAAAAGGUUCAGGCCAUUCCCAGUGUUGUUCUCUGCCUCGAACUUUGGAACACGGUACGAAUGCUCAGCUGUUCCUGCCACCAUGGACUUUAACCCUCUAGAACAGCAGGUUCUGCACCUGUGGGUCACAACCCUUUCACAGAGGCCACCUAGAGCCAUCUGCAUAUCAGAUAUUUACAUUAAGAUUUAUAACUAGCAAAAUUACAGUUAUGAAGUAGCAACAGAAAUAAUUUUAUAGUUGGGGGUCACUACAACGUGAGGAAGUCUAUUAAAGAGUAGAGGCAUUAGGAAAGUUGAGAACCACUGCUCCGGAACCAUAAAUCCCGAAUUACAUACUUUCUUUUCUAAGUUGCCUUGGCCAUGAUCUUUUGUUACAACAACAGAAAAGUCGCUAAGGCAAGAUUCAUUUCAGUUGUAAGAAAUGCUUCUUUUGAAUAGAAUUCAUGCUCACCACGCCGAGAGUGAAAAUGAGUCAGAUACUGUUUUGUAUCAUGUAAGACAACAGUACUCUGUAAAUACUAAAGGGAUCCUUAAGCCAGAUUAUCAAGGACAAGAUAAAAUUGAUAUUAAAACAACUACAGUGCACUUCGAGUCAAUAAAAUACACGCCGAGGAUCUGA